ACAAUGUGUGUGGUUUAUCAUUUAUGAUAUAAUAAACUGUCCGUGAUUUCAUAACGCCUUCGGAAUUAUAUUGUUCAUUGUCUGUUCGGCGAUCGGUUUUUUCAAGGAACAUCCAUCAUCCAUUUUAUAACCAGGCACUUAGGUACCUAAUUGUGCCUACCUAUUUUAAUUAUUAAUAGAGUAAUAAUGUCAAGUAACGGACGUAAACGUGCAGCACCUGCCUCGGGCCGGGCCACCAAGAUCAGGAAGCCCCGCAAGCCUGUCUCGGAGGAUGAAGACAGCAAUGCCUCUUCAGUGUCCGACCAGCAGCAGCAACCAGAGGCACCUCGUACACCCUCUCCCAUCGGAGAUGAGCCAACCAUCAAAUUACCAGAGGAGUUGCUGAAGACCUUCUACAAAACUCCCGGCUCCCUGUUGAUCGCUGGCCUUGUAUCCUGGGAUUUGGUGGCCAAACGGGAGAACAAUCCCACCAAAAGAACACACCCAAAUCUCUACACGUUCCAUAAGUUCACGGAUCGGAAGUACCGCCUAAUUGUGAGCGGGUGUACAGCUGGUCACUCCAUUUUGGUGUCCGAAGAAGGAGAUGCGUAUACGUUUGGUCGCAACACUUGCGGUCAACUGGGCUUCGGAGACACGGUGACCCGUAACGUGCCGGAGCUGGUGCCCACCCUGAAGGGACUUAACAUCAUCCACGCAGCCGUCGGAAGGCACCACUCCCUCUUUGUCACAGACACCGGCACAGUUUACGCUUGCGGCGACAACAAGAGCGGCCAGUGUGGUGUUGGCAACAACACUGCGCAGAUACUCAAGCCGACGCGCAUCCGAUACAAUGGCGCCCCUAUUGUGAAAGUUGGGUGCGGAGCGGAAUUCUCCAUGAUACUGGACUGCAAUGGGUCGCUGCAUUCCUUCGGCCUUCCAGAGUACGGUCAACUGGGUCACAACACAGACGGCAAGUACUUCGUGACGUCCACCAAGUUGUCGUACCACUUCGAGCUGGUGCCGAAGCAGAUCGCCCUCUUCCUGGAGAAGUCCAAGGACGGCCACAUUUUGCCUGUCAAAGACGUUGACAUCGUCGACUUCUCGUGUGGAAAUAAUCAUACUGUGGCUAUCGACUCCAAAAAGCGUGCGUUCAGUUGGGGCUUCGGUGGUUUCGGCCGUCUUGGCCACGCGGAACAGAAGGACGAAGCGGUACCGCGUCUCAUCAAAUACUUCGAUUCCCAGUCGCGCGGCGUCCGCUCCGUGCACUGUGGCGCCACCUACAGCCUUGCUAUCAACGAACUUGGUGCUCUGUUUAUGUUUGGGCAAACGAAGAGGACCGGGGAAGCUAACAUGUAUCCCAAACCCGUGCAGGAUCUCACUGGUUGGAACAUCAGAAGCGUGGGCACCAGUUGCACUUCCAUAGUGAUCGCUGCUGACGACUCGCUCAUAGCCUGGGGCGUCUCCCCCACUUACGGAGAACUGGGUACCGGGGAGAUCAACAAGUCGACUGCUCGACCAAAAGAAGUGAGUCGUAUGGACGGCCUGAACAUAACGCAGGUCACCAUGGGCUACUCCCACACGCUGCUCCUCUGUGAUGACACCGCGGACGAAGUCAAGGCGAAACUAGCCAGCUUGCCCACCUUCAACCCUUAAGGGCGUAAAAAAAGGUUUGUGUCUACAAAAUGCUACAUGCAUUUUGUACCAAGGAUCAAUUGAAUCGAUCGAUCAAAUCCCACUUGAAUUGUUCAAUUUUAUAUUUUAGUAUGUUUGGAACGCUUGUUGUGGCAACCGGUCCACUAUGACAGUGGACCGGUUGCCACAACAAGUUUCAAGUUUAUGUUUAUGAUGUUUGAUAAAAAAGCUUAAUAGCAAGUACCCGUUAAAAUUCAAAAGAGCGGAAUGUUUUAAAAUAUCAGUUUUAUAUUAUUGUAAACUAUUUCCCGAAUUUAUGUUCAAUAGAUUUCUUUUUAUAGUUAUUUGUCUGAUAUUCCUUCGGAAAUGACUGAAAUGCUCAUGAAUAUUUAAAAAUUACAACUCAGACGCAAAAGUAAAAAUGUGUUUCAAAUUAUUGACAAAAUGAACAAAUAAUUGCUGUGUUAGGGCGUUAUCCAUAUUGAUGGCUUGAGGUGUGAAAUUGAUAUUCGAAUUUUGUAGGAAAUAAUUUUUAUUGUAUAUAAAGGAGAGAUAAAUACAAAAGUCGAUUGUGUGUCCAUCAUAACCAUGUUCAAUUUCCUUUAGUCUCGUAACGUUCAAAUUGCGAAAUAAUAUCUGGUUGCAAAAAGUUUAACUUACAAAUUGCAAAAUAUCUACAUCUCAUAACGUUCAAGUUGCAAAAACGUCAAGUUUUUAUAUAAGUGUCAUCUUUCAAAAAAAAGGUGAGAACUAACGCUUUUUUAUUUGUAUGUUUAUUAUAAAUAAUUAAAAAGUUCUUUUACUAACAGUAAAAAUUCUGAAAACAUAAAAUCCAAUACAAUUACAACCUUUUGUAUUACAUCCUCUCAUUGAAAGGUAUGAGACAUUGAAGUAUAUAUAUAAUCUAUUUACAUUUGAGUAUAUUUAUAAUCGUACAUUUGAGGAAAAUGUUUAACGACCAUAUUUGUUCAUACGUUUUCAUUUAAAUGGAUUGGAGUUCUUUUUCCAUAUAUAUAUAAUAAUUGAUUCAUUGAAGAACGUGACUGUUUUGUGUUGUGGUCUUUUAUAUUUGGGCAAUGAAAGAUUUUCUAUUUCUAUAAGGCACCAAAAAUGUCAAAAUUUGACCACCAAUGUUUCGAGAGUUUUCAUCGAUAGACGCUGUUAGAGUAAUUUAAUAUAUGUAAGUUGUAAACGUAAUGUUUCAAUGUAGAUUUUAAACCAUAACUAUUAUUUUUAAUGCAUAUUUAUACGAAUACUAUAAAUAUUCGAUUCAAUUACACAAAAUAAGCCUUCAAUUUAAAUAAUGCCAUCUUUAAAAAAAUCCAAUUAAUUAGUUUUACCUAAGUAAAAUUUUCAGCAUUAUACUUUUCAAUUAUGAUUAGUGUGAUGUGUUUAUAAUUUCAUUAUUCGUCGAUUUUUAAUGCUUUUUUACGAUUUUUAAUAACUAUUUCUAUUCUAACCUCACGAAUCACAGUUAUUCGCCCGUGAACAAGUAAUAUAUUAUAAUUCAAUUUUACACCCUUGAGAUUUACAAUGUAAUCAAUUUUCCAAUGUAACAUGGUCACACAUAUACAAAGCAUUUAUUUAUUUUUAAUUACCAUAAUAAUUCGAUAAUUAGCGGCCGUACCUGGCUUCGCCCGGUAAAACCAUAAUAAAUUACACCAAAAACCUACCUCUUGAUCACUCUUAUCUAUUAAAAAACUAAUACCAUGUCGUGGUUUUAAAGAUCUAAGCAUAUAUAAAGACAGACAGCGGGAAGCGACUUUAUUUUACACUAUGGUUUAAAGUAACUAUCCGUCGGCGACCGAAGGAAUUGUUCGAAUGAUUGAAUGAAUAUAAAUGAUGGUUUAAAUAAUUUUAUUUUUAUGUAUCCUUUAGUUGACGUGUCCCAGUUCUGGACAAAGGUCUCCCCCAUUACUUGUCCACCCGUCGUUCCAAUUUACAAUAUUAAUUAAUAUACAAAUAAAAAGGCUUUGUAUAUGUAUAACGAUGUAAUAUAUUAGAAAACGGACUACGGAUCAAAUCCCUUCUAAUAUAAUUUAAUUGAAUUCUUAUAAUUUUGGUAGAAAUACACUUAGGUAAGUUCGUUUAAUCAUAAAUUAUACAGGUAUUCGAUAAUCAAUACAAAUGGUCUCAAAAUCGAAUUAUAAUGAACAAAACCAGCGAAUUAGUAGUAUGUCUACUAGAUUUUAAAAAUUUGUAUUUUAAUAUUAUAAUUUGAAUUAAUUCCGAUUUUAACUAACCUGAGUUGAAUUCGGCAUAAUUAUAUUUAAUGUUUUCUGAUACACUCUAACUGCAGUCGUGGUCCAGUUCAAGGGUAGAAUAGUAUUUAGACUCGGACGUGACGUCACGUUGGAGUGCCAAUUGGUAUGGAGCCAAAGUCCAAAAAUAUGUGAUUUUAUUUUUUUUUCAUAUCAUUAAAUUACUGCCAAUAUCACUGAUGUACGGUCAUUGGAAAUAAUUCCGUCAUAUUCCAUUUUACAAGUUUUUUAUAGUUGAGAUGUUUACGUAUAAUUUUUGUAAUAUUUAGUUAGCGAAAUAAAUACGUUUUAGAGUUAGUGUAAGUUUAAAUUCGACCUCACCAAAACGGUUUUGCCUAUUGAAACGGUGGAGGUACAUUUUUUUUUCUAUUUUGCUUUUCAAUGCUCACGCAUUUUUAUUUAAAGACAGAUAGAUAUAACUAAAACACAGGAUGGUUAUGUAGCGUAAGCUCACUUAUGCAAACAAUUUUAAUAACAAUGUGAUAUUUUUAUACAUGUUUUUUUUUUAUUAUGUUUCCCACUGGCACGAUUUAAAAUUUGGUACAAACUAUGUUAAACAAAAUUGACGAUGUCUCAUGUUGUAUUCGAAAAACAAUGAUUGUUCCUUCUCUAUAUAUUUGUAUAGCAUAAGAAUUAAAUAUGUACUGAUCCGUAGGUUAGACUGAACUGUGCUUAAAGCACUACAAUUUUUUAUAUAAUUUUUGUAAUAAGGUAGUUGCCAGAAAUUCUAAUCAAUGGCGUUAGCACGAAUAUAUACGUAUAUUUUCCGAGAAUCGCAUAUUUUUUCGCUGGCGAUACGAUUAUGGCUGGUAACGGCAGAUAUUCGUGCUAACCCCAAAAAGAAACCUGUAAGUUGUACCUGUAUGCUCUUGUUCAGUCUCUUAUUAUCGCCAUAAUAUUGACAAUAAUGAGUUAAAAAACCAUAUAAAUAAUAAUUUUUCAUCAAAGUUACCGCCCAUAAAAAUAAUAUUGUUUCAUAAAUAUAAUUUAUUUAUUUUUAAUCCUGGCAACAUCCUUAUAGUAUGAUACGAUGUCUUAUGAAUUUUGUAUUUGUGUUUAGUAUUCGAGUGUUAUAUUUGGAUGUGUGAGAUGCCGAGGAUAUUCAUGUAACUAAAACUAAUUACUUAAAAAUCGUAUAAUUUAUAUUUUUGAAAUCGCUCACAAACAUGAAAAUGUGCGAGACAAAAUAUGUGGAGACGAAACUUUAGCAUAGUGAACCCUGGACUCCAACGCUCAAAGAUGCUAAACGAAGCGUAAUAUCCUUUUUUUUUCUACUGUGAAAACUUGUGGUAGGAUAUAUUCGACACAGAAUAAAAAAAAUAAUAUUUAAAAUGCAAAAUUACAAGAAUCCCGCACUUAUGGCAGGUCACACUUCCAAAUAUAGCUCUGACAAGUGUAGUGAAGCUGGUAGGUAUUAAUUAAAUUAGUCCUUUCAAGAAUAUGUCCCUUGCAGGAUAAGGCAUUAUGAGAUCAAAUAAGUCAUUCGAUAAACAGGGGGAAAACCAUGAAACAUACACGUAGCACGUCAUCGCGUCCACGUUCUUCUUUUCGUCUUGCCGCAAAAUGUCCUUUUCUCACAAUGUCCUUUCUCACAAUGUCCUUUCUCACAAUGUCCUUUUCUCCAAAAUAUCCUUUUCUCAUAAUGUCAUUUUCUCAAUUGUUUUUCUCAGUUUUUAAAGAUAAUUUAGAUAAGCAACUGAUUGAAACAGUUUUUUAAUUAUUAAAAGGACACUAUGAGAAAAGGACAUUUUACGCCAAGACGCUUUUUUACAUAAACGAUAGGAGAGAAAGAGACAGCAUGUACGUUAGGACAGCAUGUGGACGUUAGCAUCGCGCUACGUGUUUGUGUUCGUGGUAGGUGCAGGUCCUUUUUUCGCCGCAAGCCUUUACGAAUAGAUCCAACUGAAAUAAGGUUUUGUUUUUAAUGUGAACAAAUUCGUGACUACUUGAACUGACUGAUUUUAUUCAUAGGAAUUUUGUUCCCCGUAUGUGUGGGGAGGUAAUUAACUGAUUCUAUUGAAUAUUGAAAUAAUUACUGUAUUCCAACUGAUUAAAUUCUAUGUUGUACGUAUUAAAUUCGUGGAAAAGUUAUUAUUAGAAAUUUUUCUACUAUCUACUACCUAACUUUACACUGCCGCCGUAGUCGACACACGCCGACGCGAAUGCGUGAACAUUGCGUAGUUAGUAUGAGAGCUUUUAUUUACCGCAAUGAAAAACCAGCUAUGUAUCCCAAUCCGACAAAGUUUGCCAAACGGUUCGGCGACAGUGUGGAGCCGGCGUAAUGAAGAGGCUUUUAAUAAAUUUCUAAUUUCGAUAUCCAUGCCAUGUUAAAUCUGAAUUUAAGUAAUCUGUUAGUUCAGUCAGUCGGAACCAUUUACAAAAUAAAUUAUUACCUCAUAUAGUUUGCUGGCACUAUGUGACCUCAUAACAAGCAAUACGAACAAUAUAAUUUCGAACCAAUUCUACGUACAAAGUCAUAUAAAAAAUUGAGAUAAUUUUUAUAGUAUUUUCACUGACUUUCAUCGUGGUACUUUUUAAGUAUGGCAAGCAACCGGUUUAGACAUCGUAAAUAUUGUGAGUUAAGUGUAUGGGCAAAUGCACUUAAGUAUUUUUUAAAAUAUUGUUAUAAUGGAUCUGUCGGUGUAGGUAGUAGUUGCAGGACUUUGUAAUAUUAUAUCUUAUCUAUGUUGAAAUGACGCAUCACUAACUCAUUAAGCAUACUAAAGCGCUAUUUACUCGCGCUUAGUGUUCGAUCUCAGGAUUUCCAUAUUUUCAGAAUUCCCGCAUUCGUUUUUUUUUUUAAUUUCAUUAAAAUUGUAUGUAUUUUUAGACCAUUUUUAUAAAUAAAACUUAAAAGUAUAUUAACACAUGCCCCUUAUCCGUCCAUAAGGAAGGCCUGUGCACGUCCUACAUGUGUUUAGUUUACGAAAACAACUUUACACAGUUAGUCCCAUAGAUUUUUUUUUGAAAAAUCCAAAAUCUAUGUGCUCGGCUUGUUUUGGACUUAAAAGACGAAUUCGUGCAUUCGCGCAUUGUGUUAGUGGCAUGCGACAUUUCGACAUAGACAAUCUAUAUUAAUCUAAGUUCUCAACUUGAGUAAUGGCCUGGGUAGGCUCUUGUACCAACACAAUGAAAAAAUCAUGAAUUUAUGUCGCAAAAUCAGUGUAAAACUCAAUACCUACCUCCGUUCGAUUUAUUAGUAUACGAUUUUAGAAUAUAACAAUUUAUAGAUUGUAAACUUAAUUUUCAAGUAAAUAUUUAAACACUUUAAUGACAACUAAUUUUAAAACUUAAUCAUGUCCAUUGUUUAUUCACUUGCUGAUUAUAAUUGAUUUAUGUAUAAGUUAUGUGUACUUACGAUUUCUCUGUAAUUUAAGUCUUGUAUUCAUUGGGCAACAUUUGAGGUAUUCAGUGAUGUAUUUGUUUGGUCUACCAUAGUGACUAUGGUAGGCUAUAGUGUGCUUACAUAGAUGAGGUUUUGUAGUACACAAUCGCCAAACAGUUCGCCGAUCUCUGUGGUUUCGACACAGUUUACAGUUUCGUUACAGUAUGUCAAAGAAAGUAAAGAAAACAGAUUUGAAUGACAGACUGUGUACAUUACAAAUACGUAACCCGUCGCGAUCUUAUUUCGCUGAUAGUGUGUAGCCGGCAUAAAGUAUGACAGAUGUUUGACACUUGGCCUCACCUCAUUAUCCAACAUUGCAAGUGUGAUGUCACUUUUGUGAUUUGUCAUCAUAUUACAACACAUAUAAUUUUGUUAUGAGUUCAGCUAAUUAUUAACACAUAGGUAAUAAACAUAUUUACCAUUUAAUUCCAAAAGCAACGAUGCUGUAAAACAGCAACCUCAAGCGUUGCCAAUGAAUAAAUAACAUUAGUCAGCGGGCAGCCCGCGUUAAGACAUUCCUUGGUGGCUUCACUGAGACUGAUUCGCCGCGCCCAGCCACCAGACGUCGUACUACGAAUUAGCCAUUCGAUAUCGACCUUCAAAAGUGCAGGAAACCAAUAUCUAUCUGUUUGGGUGUCGCGUCACAAUACUAUAUUGUGAUUGGUUCGCUGCGUCCCACAUCGAAAUCUUUUGACGGACGAUAUAGAAUGGUUAGGUCGCACUACGGCCGCAGUAUUAUAAGUGUACUUAGCAUGUAAUUUGAGGAGACAAUCUCGCCUCACGGGGCUCUCACGUCAUAAUAAAUGUCCUUGCCAACGACACUCGUGAUUUGAUAAAUAAACGUCUUUUCACUUU